AUGUACAUCAGGAAUAGGGCAACAAUUGCUAAACACUGGUGGGAUAUUGAGCAUAAACAGGAUAAAAUGUGGAUCCGAUGGAUUCACACCUACUAUAUCAAACAACAGGCAAUGGAGAGUGUGCAGGUCCCUAAGCAAGCAAGCUGGUUAGUAAGGAAAAUUUUUGAAGCUAGACACUUAAUAAACCAGAUGCCGAUCCAACCUACUAGGAAGAGCUUGAUUAGACAAAUCUACUACCAGUCCAUAACUGCUAGGACCACAGUGCCAUGGAAGUGUAUGAUGUUCCAGAACGCAGCUAGACCAAAAGCUGUUUUUACUAUUUGGCUGCAACUAUUGGGAAGGCUACUCACUGUUGAAAGAUUGGCAAAGUGGAGAAUAGAGGUGGAGCCCAAAUGCUGUCUAUGUCAAAUGCAUGAUGAGACAAGGGAGCACUUAUUUGUACAAUGUGAGUUUACUAAAAAGGUGCGGAGAAGGGUCGGGCAAUGGAUGCAAAUGCAGUACUAUAACCCUGUCAACUGGGGCCAGCAUCAACAGUGGCUCAUCCACAACUCAAAAGGAAAAUACCGGAAAGCACAAAUAUUCAAACUGGUCUAUACUGAAGCCACAUAUGCCAUCUGGAUUGAGAAAAAUGCUAGAAUAUUUGAAAAACACAGUAGAACUUGGGAACCUAUAGCUAAGGAGGUUAUGUAUGUUGCGUGUGUUAGAGCUACUGUUACACCCCAGAAAAAUUUUGCGUUACCAAAAACUGUAGAUGGCUUAGAAUGGGCCAAAGGGCCAAUAUAG